AUGGACACGAAUGCCAAGCCGUAUUUCCCUCAUCCUGUUCAAGGACAACCCAAUGUUCAUGUGGUGGUUGAUCCAGCUCAUGAUCUGAAGAAUGUUCGUAAUACUUUAGGGGAUUGGAAAGUUCUUCUAGAUGAUGAACACAAUAAGAUUGAGUGGAGCUACAUCGAGGCAUUAGCUUUACUUCAACAGGAUGAAGGAUUACGACUGGGGAAUAAAUUACGUUCAACGCACAUUGAAUAUCAAAAAAUGAAGAUGAAAGUGUACUUAGCUGCACAAACAUUGAGCUCGAGUGUUGCAGACUCGAUUGAACUCUGUUGGAAUGUUCUGCGUCUACCUCAAUUCAAAGGCUGCGAGGCAACAGUAAAGUUUAUACGUAAAGUGGAUUGA